AUGCAAACACCAUUCGAGAAGCGAGUCACCGAAACUUACGACCGAGCUCUUCGACGUGGUGAACUGUUAUUCAUAGAGAGUACGGUGUCCAAGUUUGUGGAGAAAGGGAUAGAGUUUGAAAUACGGAUUUCCCCAAGUUUAGCCAAGAAACCUGCUGGGGAUUUGGAUAAGGUGACGGAUGAGUCCACCCAGAAACCCAAGGUCAAUCCAUUUCUACCUUAUAAUCAAGAAUUACUUGUGCAAGAGCAUGGAAAACAUGUUAUUCUCCUGAAUAAAUUUUGUGUGGUUCCUUACCAUCUGUUGGUGGUUACCAAAGAGUAUGAGAAACAAACGGAUCGUCUCAACUCCUCUGACCUGGAAUCCGCGUGGUAUUGCAUAAUGCAAAUCAAAAGUCACACAUCCCUGGCAUUCUACAAUUGUGGCGAGCUUUCGGGUGCAAGGUAUUUUAUUCGAUAUCACCGUCGUCAGCACCUUCAAGUCAUUCCAAUACCCGACGAUGUCCUUCCGCUAAGGGAAAUCUUUGAAUUUUCCGAAUUUCCAUUUGUUCACUACGUGACACUUCUUGAUCCACAAAAAUCGGGGCGUAAAAGUGAUGUGGUUGGCGAACACCUGAAUGAACUAUACCAUUACUUACUCGACACCUUAAUCGGUGACCUUCAAGAUCAAUCGUAUUCGACCGACACCAAUCCUCCGUCCUACAAUUUUGUGGUCACUCACACGUGGAUGAUGAUUGUACCAAGGAGUAAUGAAAAAUAUGAGAAUUUGUCGGUGAACUCGUUGGGAUUUGUCGGAAUGUUGCUCUUGAGAAGCGAAGAGGAACUAAAGUUUGUGAAGGAGGUCGGAAUCCUGAAAAUUUUAGAAGGUGUUACGAUACCGAAAAGGCCGAAUACGAACAGCGUGGCUGAUUCCAUCGAUGAGGCGUAA